AACAUGGCAGCGCCCAUCACAUUUCUUAUUUCUACGAAAGCAAUAUGAAAUUGUUUACAUGACUACUUUUAAAUAGUAAUUUUCAGCAUGGAGGGUGUAAGAAUAAAACUAGAUGAUAUCAUUCAAUUCGUGAGUAAAUUCACGUCAAUUGUAGAGUGCAGCCUAGUAAACUUUUACACGAAUAACAUGUGGGAUCGCGUAAUCAAAACAACCGGCCCAAGCUUUGCAUCUCAAAUUUUGCAAUUGUCAGUCCGUGAACUGGCAGAAUUUCCUUCUGGUAAAGAUUUCCUCCCAAAUCAAGUCGAAUCUAAGGACGUAGAAUUUUCAGAUUUGCGGGAAUUUUUGAAAGAAAUGGUAGCAAACCGUCUGGAAUCGGUGAUACUGCCUUUUGAAAAAGUGGCCCAAAAUUGUGGAAAAGAUGACCAUCGCACGCGCACACGCACUUACCUGCAAGAGGUGGCACAUGACGCCCUGAGUUUCGGCGAGGGUCGGAUGGAGGAGCCGGUGAAAGAAGCGGCACCUCGGAAGGAGCGAGAGUCUAGUCUGACGAGCGUCAACAGCACAGUCGCAGAGGCAGAGCUGACCAAACGGAUAAUGAGCAAGAAGAAGUCUCAUGAAGUAGCAUCGAUGGCUCAGAAAUCUGCUGACAUCUUGUCAGUGACUGGCAUUAAGCAGGUUAUUGAUAUCGGGAGUGGAAAGGGCUAUCUGGGUCAGUUUCUCAGCAUGCAGUAUGGCAUUAACGUCGUCAGUGUUGAUUCAUCAGAAACCAACACGAAUGGCGCCCUCAAGAGGAACAACCGGCUAUCCAAACAAUGGAAAGGGAUUGUGAAGAAUGCCACACAGAAAACUUGUGAAGAUAUUAGUGCGAAGCAAGAAGACUGCAGAUUAAGAAGUAGAAUUACUACUUCUAAUACUAGCAGGUCUGGGGAAAUUCAAGAUAAAGGCUGUACAGAACCUGAAAAUGAAAGGACUAAACCAUCAUUUGAGAAAAGUUGUGGUUCAUCUCCAACUGGGUUAGGGAAAGUGGCUUGUUCUGCUGUUGACAGGUCGGUGGAAGAAGCACCAACUUCAAGUUCAGUGUCUUUAUCUAUGCAACCAUUUUCACCAUCACCUUCUUUAACAGUAGCAGCAUCAUCACUUUCAUCAUCAUCAUCAGUGUCAUCUUCAUCAUGCCAUGAAUCGAUUUGCCAUAAACCAACUUGCCAAAAGAGAGAUGACACACCAGGAACUGACAGGAGAAUUGGAAACCAGAGUGAGUCAGGAGGGAACAAGCAUGCAGCCUGUGUUUCUGUAACAGGAUUUGUUGAUGAAGAGACAGAGGUCGGGGACUUCUUGCAGUGUGAUGAGAACGCACAAUACUUUGAUCUGUCAGAGCCAUUCAUGAUGGUUGGACUGCACACCUGUGGUGAUCUGGCCCCCUCUAUGCUGAGAAUCUUCCAGUCCAAUCCCAGCAUGCAUUGCUUGUGUAACGUCGGCUGCUGCUAUCAUCUGGUCACUGAAGAGUUUGCUAGGGAGGACGAGUGGGACCGAGAGAACGCAGGGAUGAAGGUGGCGGGGUCGUGUGGUUUCCCAAUGAGUGAAUAUCUUCGGGAGAAGAAAGUUGCUCUUGGGCGGGGCACUCGGAUGGCAGCUUGUUUGGCAGCAGAUAGAAUAGCUUCACAGAAGACAGUAGAUGUGACAGGGUUGUUCUACCGAGCUGUGUUUCAAGUCAUCUGCAGAGAUCACUUUACUAUUCCUACCAGAAAACAGAUCAUCGGGAAGCUUGCACCAAAGUGCAAAUCCUUUCUGGAGUAUACAAGGAAAGCACUUAGAAAAUUAGAGAUGGACAAUAGUAAGAUAUCUGAUGAAGAGAUCUGUGCUUAUGAGGCCAAAUAUAGGCCUUCCUACGGACACCUGGCCGCUUACAACCAGUUGAGGGCAGCAUUGUCACCAAGCAUCGAGGCCAUUAUCCUACUUGACAGGCUUCUCUACUUGAAAGAACAGCCUAACAUUGAGAUGGCAUGCAUUGUUCAGCUCUUUGACCCAGUGACCUCUCCUAGAUGCUAUGGUAUCUUCGCAGUCAAGGGAACUGAUCGUUGAGGAAGAUAUACCAGGAGAAUGAAGAGAUUGUAUUAAGGCCUAUCAUUUACAUUACCAGUCGAGUUACUGGACAUAAACAUUUGUUUAUAACUUCCAAGGAUGUG